GCUUUGAAAUGAUAUGUGCACAGAAGAGAGAAGAGAAACUUCCUUGACUGAAGAGCUUAGCAUUUUUACAGAGUAGAGAGGACGCUUUUUUAAAUGCUGUUCACAUUUAUUUGAGAUAAUCUGGGAGAAUUAUCGCAGGACCAUGAGCCGUGGAUCUAAAUCUAAAACAGAAAGCAUCCAAAGCUCUCUGCUGAGCCAACAGGAGAGUGAGAGACUGGAGGAGCUGCUGGGCAGAAGGUGUGCUUCCAUGGCCACUGCAGUGGCACAGUUGUUCAUGGCUCUGCCUCACAGUCCAUCCAUGUGGAGCUUGCAGCACACUGGGGUGGUGUGCUUCGUCAAAGACAACCCUCAGCGCUCCUACUUCAUACGGAUGUUUGAUUUGAAGGCAGGGAGGUUGGUUUGGGAGCAGGAGCUCUACAACCAAAUUGUUUACUCCAUGCCACAGUCAUACUUUCAUACCUUUGCUGCAGAUGACUGUCAGGUGGGGCUGAACUUUGCUAAACAACAGGAAGCAGAAGCAUUCAAACAUGCUGUUCAAGAGAAAAUCAACCAAAGAAACAACCGUCAAGACAAGAAACAGCGCCCCCUGCCACCUACUGACAGAGGUUCCCUGCCUCCACCCCCCUCUGAAAAAGCACAACCUGGUAGCCCAGGAUCUUUUCACAUGGCCACAGUGGACAUCCAGAACCCAGAUAUCCAGUCUUCACGCUACCGCUCCAUGCCUUCACCUACUGCUGCCUCCAUUCUGUCCAGCAAAGAAAAGAAGAAGGACAAGAAGAACAAGAAAAAGGGCCCCAAACUCUCCAAAGCAGACAUAGGAGCACCCAGUGGAUUUAAGCACGUUACUCAUGUCGGAUGGGAUCCCAACAACCUCGACCCUGAUCUGUGGAAGCUUCUCUCCCAGGCUGGGAUCAGUGAAGCUGAGAUGAGGGAUGAACAAACCUCUCAGCUCAUCUAUAAUGUCAUUGAGCAGUCUGGAGGCAUGGAGGCGGUCAAAAGGGAGGUGAACAAAGCAGCAUCUGGACCUCCACCCCCUCCACCUAGCAGACAAGGGCCACUGCCUCCUCUGCCAGGCUCCGGUCCCUCUGCCCCAGCCCCUCCACCUCCACGAAGCCGCUCUGGACCACUGCCUCCCAUCCCAGGCCAGUCACAGAGAGGGCCCCCACCUGUUCAGCCAGCUCCAGGGCGUGCAGGCAUGCCACCCCCACCACCUCCAGUAAACAGAGGCAGUGCUCCACCACCACCGCCUACACAUGCUGCACCCUCUCAGUUCCCCUCAACGCCGAUGUCCUCCCACAGCCUGCCUCCUCCCCCUCCGCCAUCUAGCCAACAGCGCUCCACUGGUUUCCCACCUCCUCCUGUUCCAUCUACACCCAGCAGAGGAGGUGGGGGAGGAGGACCCCCUCCUCCUCCUCCUCCACCCCCUCCACCUCCACCAUCUCUGGCCCCUAUUUCUUCAGAUUUCCCACCGCCUCCUCCCCUUGCAGGUGGCCCAGCGCCACCUGCCCCUGUAUCCUCUGGAGGAGGAGACAGCAGAGGAGCUCUGCUGGAUCAGAUCCGACUGGGGAAGAAGCUCAGAAAUGUAACAGAAUGCCCUGAUCCACCUCCAUCUGCAUCUCCAGCAUCUGGUGAGGGCAUUGUUGGUGCUCUUAUGAUGGUCAUGCAGAAGAGGAGUAAAGUCAUCCAUUCUUCUGAUGAAAGUGAAGAUGAGGGUGGAGAUGAAGAUGACGACGAUGAUGAAUGGGAUGACUGAUGUAGAGCGUCUAUUGUUUAUGUGGAUUUUUAACUUAGUUUAACUAAGUCAUUUUGAUUUUAGUGAGAAACCUUUACAUUACAACAUGAGUUGUUACAGCUUCAACAACUGCAAACUGAAAUAUGUUCAAUAAACAAGUAGUUCAAUAUAAA